AUGAACAGGAAUCUACAAUACAUCACUCGCGAAGGACAGGAAGAACCUUGCGGUACACUUACAAAUUUUCUGGAAAAACACAAGAAAAAGGUCACCCUCCUUCAGUACUUUCGAAACUACAUGAGUGAGCAUCUCUUGAAGGCAGGUGGGCCGAGAGGCACAGCUGUGGAAGCCAACGAGGUUUCGAGAUUGCCUUAUCUUAGAACGUGGUACCGAACACGACGCGCUAUCGUGCUGCAUUUAAGCAAUGGUAUAUUACAGGUGAGUCAUCCUUUACCAACAGACAAUUUUAUGAAAUAUAACAUAAAAUUUCAUAUUUCGACAAUAACGCCAUCUUCAUCACUACCACCAUCAUCACCACGCUAUCAUUACCAUCAUCAUCACCAACAACCCAAUCACCACCAUCAUCAUCAUCACAAUCAUCAUUACUAUGGUCAGGUAUGCCAUCAUAACCAACCCAGUAACCAACAUGCUUCCACCAUCAUCACCAUAUAACCAUCCGCACUGCUACCAUCAUUAUAUUCACCAAUCAUGCAACCUAACCACGCAACAAUCUUCCUUAUUUCUUCAGGUGAACUUUUUCCAAGACCACACAAAAGUGAUUCUGUCUCCUUGCAUGGCCGCUAUCACUUACAUCAACGAGAAACGAAAUGCAAGAACAUUCUCAUUCAAAAGCAUGGAGAAACAUGGCUGUUGUCGUGAGCUCGCGAAAAGAAUGAGCUAUGCCCUUGACAGAGUUGAAGAACUACGCACUACGUUAAGAAACCAUCAUCCAACCCAACGGGACAUUGUUAAAUCCAGACCAGAGCAAAUGCAAGCGAUAGGCAACAAAGCGUAGACACUAUCCAUCGCACACCAAAUCUAUAGAUUCCUACGGCUAGGUUUUCGUUUAAAAAGCCCGGUCUAUGCCACUAGGAAAAGAUAAGGCUGUAAAAAUAUUUUGUGGAACUGAGACAAAGGUCAAACUUUGUUUUUCUUUUUCAAGGCUAGAACUGUUUGGCCUCAAAGGUUUCAGACAAAUAAUUUUGCAGCCAUGGAAUUAUAUUUUCUGUAAAUAGAAUCUUUGCCUGGUCUAGUUCAAACGUUGAAAGUUUGCAUUUAUAAAGCGCUAUGCUUCUUGAAAGUCUUUAAAUUCUUCCUGCCAAAUCCUGGUUUAGUUUUUGGUUAUUUUCUGAAAUUUGCUUGACAUAAGAAAUAUUAAAAGAAAUACAAACGUUCAACGUUUUGAACUGGCCAGGAACAAUGCUCAAAUUUACCGUUACUAAGUCGUCAAACUGGUCUACAGUAUCUAUGGACUAUUUGAAAAGACACGUUGAUUGCCUUUGGGAUGAUUGCCUUUGUGGGAAUGUCGUUUUUCUGUAAAUAUAUAAAAUAAAUCAACCAUUUAAUCGUAAAAGGGG